AAAACAAAAUUAACGAAUCUUAUAACUGCAAAACUAAACAAUUUAAAAGUUGAGGGCUGCCCGAAGCAGUUCGGUGCGAUCUUGGAAUAUAUCUCUUUGCUUCGCUAUCAUCAGCGACCCGAUUAUGAUCAGAUUGAAAAUCUAUUCGUGGCUGCCAUUCAACAACGUAAUAUUGACCGAAAAGCCCCUUUCGAAUGGGUGGAUCCGAAAGCUGAUGAAUAUAUUCCUCAUGUGAAAGAAUCAAGUAAAAAACCGAGAGUGAUGACAGCUACAAAGAAACAAUUGACCAAAGAGAUAGCAACAGCAGUAAGAGGUAAAAGAGAAAAACCAACAUCAGAAGUUGAACAACUAGAAGCAACGUUAACUGAAUGCGGAAUAGAUACAACACAACGUACGUAA